AUGGACCUCAUGGGCCCCGAAAACGUAGGGAUUUCCUCAAUCGUUCUUGCUAAGUGUCCGCGCAAUGCGUAUUCUCAAUCAAAUCGAGGCGGAUUCAAGUAUUACUCACAAGUACGGGUAUAUCUGCCAUCGCUACUCUCGUACACCCUUACGCACCUCUCGCUUCCACUCCGACUCCAGGGUCCCUCACACGAACCAAACCGAACUCUUCCUUCAAAAUUUUACGCUUUUACUACUAGCUCCUACUUACUUUCUAUACGCACCCCCAACAAGCCCAGCCCAAGCUUGUGUUGCGAAAAGGCUCAGCCUCGGUCUCGAAACUUCGCUCGCUGUUUGUGCGACCCUCGUCACUCUCCAGGUCUCCAGGUCCGCGACAACCUCCGUCGCCUUCACUGCAUCGCGAUUAGCGAGAGAUCGCGCCACCUCUUUCUGCAUCUCCUCCAUCUUCUCACUCUUCUCGGCGCCGUUGCUCCGUACUUCCGCCGUCAGCUUCUUGAUCUCCUCCUUCGUUGUCGCAUUCUCGCUCGCCAAUUCGUCUCGCUCGUGCUGCAGCACCGCGAUCAGCACAGGAAAUUCUUGGUGGAACUUGUUCUAGACCUUUUUGCAGGUGUGCUUACCUUUGACUCUGAUGGUUGUCACAUUUGGGAUAAGAGCUCCUUGAAGAUGAUUAGUUCAGCUAAGAUGCAAGAUAUGCUUUAUAUACUCAAGGGAUAAUGCACCAAACCUCAUGUGAUGGAAUCAUGCAUAGGAGGGCAAGAGGUGAUACCUUAAAGGAACCAAGAGGAAUGAACUAGACAUGAGGAUUUGGGCCAGAUAAAGCCCAAUGGGCCCGAUGGGCUUGGAAGGCCCAAGUUGCUCCUCACAUGGGCCACAACUUGUGAUAGUCAUUUUCUUCUAUUUUGUAUAUAUUAUAUUAAUACAGGUUUCAUAUAUUUUGGUCUUGUAUUUGGACUACAUAGAGUAGCAUUUUU